GUCGAAAUGAAUUGCGGUGCAGAAAUUCUGAAAUGCUUGCUGCUGGUGUUCAAUUUCUUGUGCCUGGCCUGCGGCAUUGGAAUGACAGCACAGGGCGCUUUGAUAGUCGCGAGCUUACAUGACUUUGAUAAGAUAACUGAUCUUGUGGCAGCCAACUAUGUGGCAUUCACCAUACUAGCAGUGGGCGUGGCCAUUACUAUAAUAUCAUUUAUGGGCUGCUAUGGCUCGUGCAGCAAUAAUGUUAAUUGUCUGCGCUGGUAUUCCUUUAUUGUGCUAUGCUUAUUCAUCUGCCAAGUGGGCGUGGCUUUAUAUUUCUAUAUGAAGUCUGAUAGCAUGCCACCCGUAUGGAGAAAAGCCUUUAAAGCCUCUUGGGAGCAGCGCAAAUCCAAACGAUUUUUAGUUGACACCGCAGAAAAAUACUUUAAGUGCUGCGGCCUAGAUUCUCCUCAGGAUUAUAUUAACGCGGGCGAAGACAUUCCCGAUUCUUGCUCGACUUCAACGACUGGCUGCUCCAAAGCAAUGUUCAACUUUGCAAAGGAUAAUAUACUCAAAAUCAAGUAUGGCCUCUUCACUAUUUCGGGCAUCUUGUUUGUUUGUAACAUGUUUUCGGGCUAUGUGGCUAAUAGAAUGAGCAGAAGUUCUGGAUAUGAGGAUUAUUAAAUGCAGUCCUGUUUUUGAUCAAUAUUUUAAAUAAAUAGCUCACUCGAAGAA